AUGAUGCAGACUACGGGUGCCGCGACCAGCGACAUUUUCGAGACGGGGGGCGUGCGUGUUGCCAUCGAGGGAUGUGGCCAUGGCACGCUUGAUGCCAUCUACGCGUCGGUGGAGCGAUCGUGCACAGAGCGCGGGUGGGACGGCGUGGACUUGCUGAUCAUCGGGGGCGACUUUCAGGCGACGCGCAAUGCGGCCGACCUAACGGUGAUGUCGGUGCCGGCCAAGUUCCGGGAAAUGGGGGACUUCCACGCCUAUUACGGCGGCACGCGGACGGCGCCGUAUCUGACGGUGUUUGUGGGUGGUAACCACGAGGCGGCCGCGCAUCUUUGGGAGCUCUUCUACGGCGGCUGGGUGGCACCCAACAUCUACUACAUGGGCGCAGCCAACGUGCUGCGGUUGGGGCCGUUGCGGCUGGCCGGCCUCAGCGGUAUCUGGAAGGGCUUCGACUACCGGCGGCCACACCAUGAGCGCCUGCCCUUCAACCAGGACGACGUCAAGAGUUUCUAUCAUGUGCGCCAGAUCGACGUGCGCCGCCUGCUGCAGGUGUGCGAGCCCGUCGACAUCGGCAUCAGCCACGACUGGCCGCGCGGCAUCGAGCGCCACGGCGAUCACGCCCGUCUAUUCCGCCAGAAGCCCAUGUUCCGCAGCGAGUCCGAGGAGGGCUCACUCGGCAGCGUGGCCGCCGAGCACGUCAUGGACCGUCUCCGGCCGCGCUACUGGUUUUCCGCCCACCUGCACUGCAAGUAUGCCGCCAUCAAGCAGUACGCCCCACCCGACAAAGUGCUGCCGGCUGUCGACCUGGCAAGCAGCAGGACGGCCAUCGCUGCAGAACCCGUGGCUGCAGCAGCAGUCGACAAUCCGGACGAGAUCGACCUCGACCUCGACGACGACGGCGACGAUGCCAGUGCCGGAGCCAGCAGCAGCAAGCCUGUCGAAACAGCACCCCAGAUUGCGCAGACCAGCGUGCUCGGCAUCCCGGACGACGUGCUCGCACAGCUGCCCGCUUCGUUCCAGCGCUUGCCAUCGGCACGGCCGCCGCAGCCAGGCCAGCCAGUGCCGCCCACCAUCACGAACACGACGGUACGCUUCCUCGCGCUCGACAAGUGCUUGCCGGGCCGCCACUAUCUGCAGGUGUGCGAGAUCCCACCGGCCAGCACAGAGGCUGCCGCUGCAGCCGCAGCCGUAGCACCCACGAGCCAUCCGGGCCGCUACCGGCUCGAGUACGACCCCGAGUGGCUGGCCAUCACGCGUGUCUUUGCGAACGAGCUCGUCAUCGGCGCCGGCGCCGCGUCACCGCCUACACCCAACGACCGUGGCGAGCUCCAGUACCGGAAGCUCAUCGACGAGGAGCGCCGCUGGGUCGAUGAACAUAUUGUCGCCAAGGACCGACUGGCCGUGCCGGCCAACUUCGUGCUGACGGCGCCCGUGCACACGCCCGUUCCUGGCCGACCGGACACGCACGCCAGCGGCCAGCCGGUAGAGUAUACCAACCCGCAGACGGCGGCGUUCUGUGCGCUCGUCGGCGUGCCGAACCUCUGGGACGCACCUGAAGCGGAACGGGAGGAGCGCCGGCUGCGUGGACCGGCGCCGCGACGCCUCGACAAAGGCACAAGGUCCAAAAGAUACUACGGCGCAGGCAGCUCGGAGUUGUCUUGA